AUGCCCUAUGUAAGCCCUCGAACCGACCAGGUCCAGGCCAUCCAGCAUCAGGACAUCGCACGCAAGGACUCGGACAACGUGUCGUUGAUCAAGAGGUCCGGCAUUACCAUGAGGUUCAUCUUGAUACUGCUGACCCUUGUGCUUGGCCUCUGCGACGCCGCCAGGAGGACGACCACCGCGGCGUCCACGCUAGCCACGUUUGGUGAAAGACACCUAGGACACCCUCAACAACAAGAUUUAGAAAACGUAUGGGACCUAGUGGAAUUACAAAAGUUGGAUAACCAUGCAAAUACUUGGAACCAAAAUCCCCCAUCCACGAACGGCACUGAGUCACAGGGCCCAGAUUUUCUAAGUACCAGGCAGAUUUAUCCGAGUGUGCCCAGUCCAGGAGACACGAACGAGCUACCAGGCCCCAUAACCGCCAAACCGAUACCAGUGAUAACACCGCCACCUGGAUGCUACGCUCUGCGUGGACAGUUUCCAAGCCCGAAGAGUUGCGCCAAUUAUUUAAAUUGUUGGGACGACAUGGUCACUGAACAAACCUGCCCCGACGGACUGCUCUUCAACGAUGUUACCUUGGUUUGCGAUUACGAUUACAAUGUUAAUUGUGGGAACCGACCUUUGCCCACUCCAAAACCACCUCUUCCUGAUGGAUCAAAACUGUGUCCAGAACCUAAUGGUCGGUACAGAAGUGCGACAAACUGCUCGGAAUUCUACGUGUGCGUUUACAGAAAGCCCAUCAAAUUCGGUUGCCCUCGCGGCCUGGUCUAUAAUGACAUACUAGGUGUCUGUGACUACCCGUACAAUGUCGACUGCAAAGGCGCAGCAACGCCUCCACUACCACUGCAACCUACCUCGCCACAGACACAAUCGCCAUCUUUACCACCACAACCACCGACCUUACGGCCAGCGCCACCGACGUUAGCGCCAUCACCGUCCUACGGACCGUCACAACCGCCAUCUUACGUACCUUCACAAUCACCACAACAAUCGCAGUCACCUUCAUACGGACCGUCGCAACCACCUCAACCAUUAUUACCGCCAGCUUACGUAUCCGCGCAAGGUUAUCCUUCGAAUCCCUGGCUGAAUAAAACGCCAGAUCCUUGGCACCAACGACCAGCAGCGACGCAAAUAGAAAUCGACAAGGAACAGCAAAUACUUAGUUCGCAGCCAUCUGAUCAGUUACAGAAUCCAUGGAACUUGGUGCAAAGUAUACCCCCUAGUCUCAGUAUGAUUCCGUGCAAGGAUGGAGAUGUACACAGGUUAAACGAUUCCUGUGCGAGUGUAGUGGUUUGCAGGAAUGCAAGACCACAGUUAUUACAAUGCCUGGUGGGAUACUCGUAUGAUAGGCCUUCGGAUUCUUGUAAACCAUUUUCUAUCGCCAAAUGCUAA